GGCCACACAGCUGUGCAUCCUGUUAAACGCUCGGGGACAUCUUUGGAGAAGGACGUCGGGGCUGAGACGAUUAUAUCUGUUUGUGCAAAAAUCCGGAAUCUGAGACCCAAGCUAGUAGCCAGUGCAAGUCAUGCUGUCCCUUGGCGUCAUGAAAGAUGGCGUCAUCCUACCCAGCGAAGAAGACCGGAAGAGGAUCCUCACCCAAAUGAAAGUGCGGACGACCCUUAAAGGGGAUAACAGCUGGAUCCAGCAGAAAUCCGAAUGUGAGGAAGAGUCAAAUCACAGCCCUAUACAUUCACCAUUGAGGACCAGGGAAAACACUGGGAGAUCUCCCGCAUCACCAACAACGUUGUCACCGAAUCGCAGGAUAACAUUUGCGGAACCAUCCUCUCAAGUGGAAGCCAAGUCUCCUACGGCAGAAAAAAGUCCCUCCAAAACGUCUCCCAGUGCCUCUUCACCUUCCGGAUAUCUCAUCAGGGGAGUUUUCACCAAGACCAUCGACAAGAGUGCUCCUUCGAACCCAGCAUCCAAUGGCUCGCCGAAAAGUGCCAAAACUGCCAGCCUGCCCCGCUUCGCUCAAGGGUACAAGAUGACCACUGAGGAUUACAAGAGACUAGCUCCCUACAACAUCAAGCGAGAAUUAUCAGAUCCAGGAGAUGUGGAGCCCUCGGUUUCCUCAGAUGAGCAGAAAAAGAGGACUGAAGCCGCAAGCAGCGUCCUGAGGCGGACGGCCAGCCGGGAGCGCUCUUAUGUCCUUUCGGCUGCUAAGAAAAGCAACGGAAGUUCAAUACAAGAGGCACCACCCUUCAUGGCCAAAAGGGUUGACGUAGAGGACGACACAGGACCACGCUCCAGAAGUCAGACAAUGCCUGCCUCAGCAUGGUUCAGUAGUCGUGGGAAGAGCAGCACCAAUGGGGAAAGAAGAGGCCCAUCGGGGUCCCCCUGGAGUGAGUCUAGGAUGGCGAGUGCUGCUUCUAGCACCAGAAGCAAGCCAGAUCAGGAGAAGCAUGAACUGGCUUCCUGGGAUAACUCUGCUUUGAAGGUCCCGGUUUCCCCAAAGAGAAGUGAGAAGACUGAAAGCAAUUCCCAGUCCGCAUUGGGUGCUGAAACACGAAGGACCAAUUUUUCUGAGGACAGCUGGGAAACAAGGAAGCCUAGAGGUCCAACUUUGAGUGAAAUAACUCAAGUUCCUCACAUUGUCAUCUCACCAGACUCAAGCCCAAAGAGGUCCAGUUCUCACUAUCGAUCCAGGGAUGCUGCCCCGGCAGCUGAGACAUACCAUCGAACCAAGAUUGGAGAAUCCCUGCGUGAUGUAGAUGUUGGCUUAUCAAGAUUUGCCCCCGACCACGAAGAGGGAAUCUCCUCCGGAGAAAACAAGUAUGGAAGCCCAAGUUCAAGAGUUGCAGAAUUCCACGAGCACGAACCAGUCACAGCAAAGCCUCGAUCUUUUACCAGGGACAACACAGAUGCUCCCUCUGGCACAAGUUAUAAUGUGCCCACCCACUUUGGCAAUGAGGAGGAUCUUGACUACAAAAGAUUUCUCUCUGAUUUUGAGAAGAAGACCACUCAAGAGAUGGCAUAUGAGAGUCCAAGCGACACAGAAUACAAAAAAGUGGAGGCUCAUAUGGCAAAGUCUGGCUCUUGGUCCAGCGAAAGCAGUCUUAGUACCACUGGGACCCAAAGCGAACUCUUGAGAGCUGCCAAGAGAGAUGAAUCAGAGUUCGACACUGCCAGGUCCAGCUCCCUCUCCGCAGAAAGUGGUGUUGCGACUCCAGAGAGCCAACUCAGAGAGCACGGGUCAGACUCAGACACAGGAAGGUCCUACUACCCUUUCAGGGAUGGACCAGCCAUGGGCUCCCCAAGAAGCCACAGGGUGCCUUUCUAUCAGGACAUUUGUGAGACAGAGACCAGAAGGACUUUGACAGGUUCAGGUGACAGGGCCUCACCUGAUUCCUUUCAGUUUAAGAAUACCUCUGGCUAUGACUCAGACCCCACCACAUCGAGCAAAGGCCUCCUUUUUGUGAAGGAAUCCAUCAAGAGCACCGAGUUGUCCUCUUCUCCACGUUACAACAGUCGCAGCCUGGCUGAUCUGUCUGAACUCGAUAAAUCAACUUACAGCAGUGCCAGUUAUCUGAAUAGUGCCCCCCCUAAAAGGCUGUCCGAAGACAUCUGCACUUAUUGUGGCCGGGAAAUCCGAAACUGUCCGAAGAUAACCAUUGAGCAGCUCAAAAUCUGCUGCCAUGAAUACUGCUUCCGGUGUGGGAUUUGCCACAAGCCAAUGGGAGAUCUCCUGGAAAAAAUCUUCAUUCACCGGGACAUUGUCCACUGUGAUAAGUGCUACGAGAAGCUCUUCUAGGGUGUCCUCUUUUGGAAGAAGUCCGCCUGCAGCCACGUGGCCUGGGGUGAUUCGAGUGCCGCCUGAACCAGCAAACAUCCCGCUUCCUCUGCUGCUCUCAAGUUACUGCUCUUUCGCCACCUUUUUUCUUAGGG